UUUGUCAUCCUUUGUUUAUAUUUCUACAAUCACUUGAGUGAUUAACCUUGACUUAUUUCCUACAAUGGCUUAUUUUCGGUCCUAGCGAUAACAAUAGGUCCGAUAAACAAUAAUAUGGUCGAACAAAUACUGUGAUUUCGUGUUAUUUCUCAUAAAUACUAUCAUGAAUCUAAGUCAAGUGUGUUUCAUACUAGCUAUAUGCUUUUUAAGUACUUCAGCAGUUGAAUCUGAUAUUGUUUGGUAUCGGCCUGAGCAAAUUCAUAUAUCAUUUGGCCAAAAUACAAGUGAUAUAGUGAUAACAUGGUCAACAUUCAAUGAUACUCAAGAGUCUAUUGUGGAAUAUGGAAUUGGAGGUUUAAUUCUACAAAAAUCUGGCAAGUCUGAGCUCUUCAUCGAUGGGGGAAGUCAACAUCAUUCCCAAUAUAUUCAUAAAGUAACUUUGAAUAAUUUGACACCAAAUAGUAGGUAUCUUUAUCAUUGUGGAAGUCACUUAAGUUGGUCUAACGAAUUUUGGUUUAAAACUCCACCACUGCGAAAAUCCUGGCAACCUCAUAUUGCAAUUUAUGGUGAUAUGGGUAAUGAAAAUGCUCAAUCCUUAGCUAGGCUUCAACAAGAAACACAAAGAGGAAUGUAUGAUGCUAUUUUACACGUUGGUGACUUUGCCUAUGAUAUGAAUUCGGAGAAUGCAAAGGUAGGAGAUGAGUUUAUGCGACAAAUUGAAUCAGUUGCUGCAUACGUACCUUAUAUGACUUGUCCAGGAAACCACGAGGAAAGCUAUAAUUUCAGUAACUACAGGAAGAGAUUCAACAUGCCCAACUCUGAUUUUCCAGCUUACAGUUUUAAUUUGGGACCGUUACAUAUCAUAUCCAUAUCAACGGAGGUAUAUUAUUUUUUGAAUUAUGGUUUAAAACCUUUAGUAUUUCAAUAUCAGUGGUUGGAAGAUGAACUUGCCAAAGCGAACUUACCGGAAAAUAGGGAAAAACAUCCUUGGCUUAUUGUAAUGGGUCACAGACCAAUGUAUUGCAGUAAUACUGACAAUGACGACUGUACAAGGAAUGAAACUUUGACAAGGGUGGGAUUGCCUUUUUUCAGAUUUUUCGGUUUGGAGAAAUUGUUUUAUGAUUAUGGUGUCGAUAUAGAAAUAUGGGCCCAUGAACACUCAUAUGAAAGACUUUGGCCUAUUUUCGACCACAAAAUUUAUAACGGAAGCUACGAUGAACCAUAUAAGAAUCCCAAGGCACCAGUACAUAUUACGACAGGUUCUGCUGGUUGUAAAGAAGGAACAGAUAGGUUUGUUGAACCUAGACCCGAAUGGUCUGCCUUCACAAGCUCAGAUUACGGUUAUACAAGGAUGAAGGCUUUUAAUAAAACACAUAUAUACUUCGAACAGGUUUCGGAUGACAAGGAAGGUGCGAUUAUUGAUUCCUUUUGGGUUAUUAAGGAGACACAUGGAUUCUAUCCAAAUUCUACCAUUAACUGGGCUAAAAUUGAUGGUGCUAGGUUGAAGAAUUUUACUUGAUCGAUUAUUUUUUGGCAAUACCUAUAUUCUGACGAAAUUGUAUUGUAAUUUUUAUUAAUGAAAUAACUAUUCAUUUUUUACUCCUUAUUUGAACAAAUAUUAAUAUAUUAUUUGUAUGAGUUGAAGACUGGAAUUAUCUUAUAAAAGAAUGAGAAAUAUAAAUUGUGGAAUUUACUAGGAAAAACAAAUAUUGUGUGAAAUAAAAAAAAAUGUUUUAAAUACAAUAAUAAACAAAGAUUUAGUAGUUA